AUGGAACGCACGUGGGAGAUUGGGGUUUGGCUACUGAUAGCCACGUGCCCCCACCACAGCCAGCUCCUCCCCGUCUUCACCAGCCCCCAUAAAAGCACUGCCCUGUGUGAGCACCAGUAUCCACCACUGCUUCCUGGCUCAGCUUGGGAAAAGGGUGAAGCACUCUCUCACACCAAGAUGUCUUGCUACGACCUGUGCCCACCAAAAACCAGCGUCGCCGUGCCCCAGCCCAUCGCUGAGAGCUGCAACGAGCUGUGCGCGCGCCAGUGCCCCGACUCGACGGCCUUCAUCCAGCCACCGCCCGUCGUCGUCACCUUCCCCGGCCCCAUCCUCAGCUCCUUCCCCCAGCAAGCCGUGGUGGGCUCCUCCGGAGCACCCGCCUUUGGCGGCUCCCUGGGGCUGGGGGGCCUCUACGGCGCCGGGGCCACUCAGGGCUCGGCCGGCCUCUGCACCUUUGGCAGACCCUACGCUUCUCCUGCCUGCAGCCCCUGCGCCUUGCCCCGCUACAGCAGGAAGCUCUGGAACACCUGCGGGCCCUGCUAA